AUUUUUCAAUUUUAUUUUUGAUUUCCUUCAUCAAAUCAAACCAAAGAAAACCUCUGUCGUCGCCGCUCUUUCUCAAUUAUUCUUCUUCUUCUUCUUCCUCCAUUAAUCGAAAUCAUACGAAUUUCCCACUCUUAAAUCCCUUCUGGGUUUUCUCUAUAAUCCAACAAAUUCUCGAUUCACUCAAACCCGAUUGAUAUCAGAGUGCGGAAUCUGAGCGUGAUUUAUCAUUCAAUCCCCGUGUUUGCAAAUCAUGCAUUUUUGAAUCGAGGGUUUCUGGAAAUUCGUGUUUUUUUUUUCUCCGAGAUUCCAGAGAAGUGCUGAUGCUUUGUGAGGAUUCGUCCGCAACCUUGUAAAUGGAUAAUCGUUUCAACUGUUAUUUCCAGCGAACGACUGCCAAGAUUUAUUAUCUUGAGAUUUGGUACCAGAAAUCUGACGUAUCGGCGGAUUUGGACUCCCAUGUGCAAUAAGCGAGCUGGUGAUCAGGAUAUUGAUAAUCAGAUUGGGAGCAUUUCCGCCAUGGAUUCCGGUUCUGUGAACUCAUCUUCCGCCACUAGUCCAGUCUCUAGCUUGAACGACGAGCCGCAUCGGGUUAAAUUCCUUUGUAGCUUCUUAGGCAGUAUAUUGCCUCGUCCUCAGGACGGGAAAUUAAGGUAUGUAGGUGGAGAGACGAGGAUUGUGAGCGUGACGAGAGAGAUUAGGUAUGAAGAGCUGAUGAGCAAGAUGAGAGAGCUUUAUGACGGUGCGGCAGUGUUGAAAUACCAGCAGCCUGAUGAGGAUCUCGAUGCUUUGGUCUCGGUUGUGAAUGACGAUGAUGUGACGAAUAUGAUGGAGGAAUACGAUAAGUUAGGUUCAGGGGAUGGGUUUACUAGGCUUAGGAUCUUUCUGUUUUCGUCUCCUGAGCAGGACGGUUCUUCUCAUUAUGUGGAUCGCGAUGAUCAGAGGGAAUCUGAGAGGAGAUACGUUGAUGCUCUUAAUAAUUUGAUCGAAGGUACAGACUUUAGGAAGCUGCAGCAGCAUCCUGAUUCGCCUCGUUUCAAUAUGAUGGAUGAUUUUUCGAUGGUGGAACCGAUGAUGAAUCAGCUUAACAUUGAGACUGGCGGUGGUAGCCAGAGGAGCAACGAGAUACCUGUUGCGCAGUAUAGUAAUCUUCACCAGCUCAGGAUUCCUCGUGUGGGUUCAGGGCAGAUGAUUGCACAGAGGUAUGGUGAAGUAGAAGGUACAUGGAGUCCUUACUAUUCUCCUCGGCAUCAUGGUCACCACGAUCCCAGAGCUUUUCAGGAGUUUCCGUCUUCGCCUUCGUCUGCUCGUUAUCGAAUGCCAUAUGGGGAAAUUCCUGAUAAGGGGUUUGAUAGAAUGCCUGAGGAUUAUGUGAGGUCAUCUCAAGCAAGUCAUCAUCCUUUAUAUGAGCACCAGGCACAGGUUCCUGACAAUGUGGUUUGGGUCCCAGCUGGAGCAAUGCCACUUGAGAGUAAAGGCGGUUUUCCUGGGAACGUACUUCAUGGUGGUCCAGGUGGCUAUGAAGGGGGUAAUAUUUGCGAGAACUGUCGUGUACCAUUUCAUAGGAACCAUCAGCCCUUUGAGCAGCUUAAUGUAGGCAAUAAUGGAUUUCCACCGGUUGCUUCUGCUCAUUGUGCGCAGUGUCCACCCAACAGGGAAACUUUCCUGCUUAAUGCAGACCCAAAGCCUCCUACUCCUCACGGAGCUUAUGCAAAUGAGACUUUCGGACAUGAAAGAGGAUGGAUGGUUCAACAGCAGGUGAAUCCUAAUCCUCCACGUAUUGACGAAGAGAGGCCACAUAUAUCAAAUGUUGGAAGACCAAGCGAUCAUUACACUCUUGAUGGUACUGGGAUGAAUUAUCCUCUUGGCCAUCGAGCUGGACCUGAAAUUACCAAAGAAGGGUUUAUUGAUAAACCUCUUGGUGGCAUUGCCUUGAACUCGUUCAACCCUUCUGCUGAGGAACGUGGGUUUCAUUAUGGGAAUAAUCUCUAUGCUCCAGCACCUGAAAAUAUUCACUCAGCAAGUCACAGCCACAUCCACCCGCAACAAAACAUUUGGCAGAACGUUUCAAACCCUAUAGUUGGUGCUCCAGGCUUGCCUAUGCAGCAAGUCAAUGGCACAGCGAAUCAAAAUGUUAUCAGGAAUCCGAUAGACAGUGCUUCUCGAUAUUCUAUCGGAGUGGAGAAUCAAAGUAUUUUGGUCGGUUCUCCGCAGAACAUUUCAGGCUUUGAUGGAAUGUCUUCACCUGGCCAGCCUUACUACCCUAACCCCCAUUUGCAAGAUAGAGCCUUCCCCUUUGACCCAAAUUGGGUGCCAUCUGAGAACCCGGCUGUGCAUAACGAAUACCUACAUGGUCUUAAGCCUUUGUCAGGGCCCUUGCUACAGACAAAUAAUGCUGCACCAAUUACGCAGACACCAGAUCGUGUUGAAGUGGUGAGGCUGGUGGAAAGCAAGGUUUCCCAGGGAGGUGAACAGUUUAACUAUGUUGAUCCUGGUGUUUCAGACGGUGUUCCUUGCCUAGAUAGGCCUCAACCCUUAGCUGAAAGAAAGAAUGAUAUGGAGAACCUGGUCGAAGUUAGUCCUUCUGCUGCUCCUCCUGAAGGGGCGGAGCUAUCAGUUGAGCGUUUGAGUUUCUUACCUGAGUUAAUGGAAACUGUGAAGAGAGCGGCGCUUGAAGGAGCUGCUGAGGUCAAAGCUCAUCCAGAAGAAGCCCACAAUCCUGUGAGGCCGGAGUUGGUGGAAAACGAAUCAGAGCAUGUGAAUGCUCAAGUCGAACCAGAGAUGGAUUCUGAUAGCGAUAACCCAAACAAUUUCAAGAUUGAGCCAACAAAGGCGGAGGCUGAAGCUCUAUCCAGGGGACUACAGACUAUAAGAAACGAUGAUCUGGAGGAGAUUCGAGAGUUAGGUUGUGGAACAUAUGGAUCUGUUUACCAUGGAAAAUGGAAAGGCUCAGAUGUUGCAAUAAAGAGGAUAAAAGCCAGUUGCUUUGCAGGCAAACCUUCUGAAAGGGAACGUUUGAUAGAAGAUUUUUGGAAAGAAGCCCUGUUAUUGAGCUCAUUGCAUCACCCAAACGUUGUGUCUUUCUAUGGGAUAGUUCGUGAUGGUCCUGAUGGUUCUCUAGCAACUGUUGCCGAGUUCAUGGUUAACGGAUCUUUGAAACAGUUCUUGCAGAAGAAAGACAGAACUAUUGAUCGUCGCAAGAGACUCAUCAUAGCCAUGGAUACUGCAUUUGGUAUGGAGUAUUUGCACGGAAAGAACAUAGUUCAUUUCGAUUUGAAAUGCGAGAAUCUUCUUGUGAACAUGAGAGAUCCUCAGCGUCCUGUAUGCAAGAUUGGUGAUUUGGGGUUAUCGAAGGUGAAACAGAAGACUUUAGUCUCGGGAGGUGUUCGCGGUACUUUGCCAUGGAUGGCACCUGAGCUGUUGAGUGGUAAAAGCAACAUGGUCUCUGAAAAGAUCGAUGUUUACUCGUUUGGGAUUGUAAUGUGGGAAUUGCUCACUGGUGAAGAACCUUACGCAGAUAUGCACUGUGCUUCCAUAAUUGGAGGCAUAGUGAAUAAUACAUUGCGUCCGAAAAUCCCACAGUGGUGUGAUCCAGAGUGGAAAGGAUUGAUGGAAAGUUGCUGGGCCUCUGAGCCAACAGAGAGACCAUCCUUUGCGGAAAUAUCACAGAAGCUCAGGAAUAUGGCUGCUGCAAUGAAUUUGAAAUAAAGGAAUUAAAGAAAAAGAAGAAGAAUAAAGAUGAUGAUGAAGAAAAAGAAGAAGAAGACGAAGAUGGUGAUGGUUCAGGGUUCUUGACGACAAGAGGCUUCUAAUUACUUGGGUUUUUAUAAAGAAGUAUAGUUAGCCUAUAUUAAGUUACCACUUGGUUUUGCGGUUGGAACGCCAAAACUAGUGUUUUAUGGGAGAAAGAAAAAUGGUCUUUGAUGGGUAUAUAGUUUAUGUUGAAUUUAGAGGAUUUUGGUUUGGAACUUUUGAUCAAGCAAUGUGUUGGUUGCAUUUGAUGAUCAUUGCUGUCUCUGUUUUUUUUUUUUUUUAAUUGGGUUAUUAUUUGUAUAUAAAAUUUGUGGUUGAAGAGCGGGGCACACAUUAGAUUA